AUGCCUCUGCUCCCUGGCUCCCCACGCUGGCUGAGUCCGGGGGCAGCAGCCACAGGGGGCCGGGCCCCCACACCUGGACAACACUACCUCAAGGUGCCUCGACCCCGAGCCCCAGGUCUUCAGGGUAGUUCCCAGCGAGACUCCGGCCAGCCGUCCCGGGGAGCCGGUUCCCACCACAACUCUGUUAUCAACAACUACCUGGAUGUCAAUGAGCCCAUGUCGGAGGCCCGCCAGAGCCGCAUGCACUUCUAUGACAACCAGAGGAAGGUUGACUAUGUGCUGGCCUACCACUACAGGAAACGCGGGGCACACCCCGGCCACGGCUCUCCUGGCCACGCCGUGGCUGUCGUCUCCAAUGGGGAGACAGGCAAGGCUGGGGGCCCCGGUGACAUCGAGCUGGGCCCGCUGGAUGCUCUGGAGGAGGAAAGGAAGGAGCAGAGGGAGGAGUUUGAGCACAACUUGAUGGAGGCUGGGUUGGAGCUGGAGAAGGAUUUGGAGAGUAAAAGCCAAGGAUCCAUCUUUGUCCGGAUACAUGCCCCGUGGCAGGUGCUGGCCAGAGAGGCAGAAUUCUUGAAGAUUAAAGUUCCCACCAAGAAAGAGAUGUAUGAGAUCAAAUCUGAAGGCAGCAUUGCAAAGAAGUUCAAUGAGUUUCUGCAGAAGCUGAGCUCACCCCUGCAGCCCAGAGUUCCAGAGCACAGCAACAGCAGGAUGAAGAACCUCUCCUACCCCUUCUCCAGGGAGAAAAUGUACCUGUACAACAUCCAGGAUAAGGACACUUUCUUUGAUAACGCCACCCGGAGCCGCAUCGUGCACGAGAUCCUGAAGCGCACGUCCUGUUCUCGAGCCAACAACAUGAUGGGUAUUAACUCUCUGAUAGCAAACCAUAUCUACGAGGCCGCCUACCCUCUGCAUGAUGGUGAAUAUGACUGUCCCGGAGAUGACAUGAACGACAGAAAGCUGCUGUAUCAAGAAUGGGCUCGCUACGGAGUGUUUUAUAAGUUUCAACCUAUUGACCUCAUCAGAAAGUAUUUUGGAGAAAAAAUUGGACUGUAUUUUGCCUGGCUGGGAUUAUAUACAUACUUCCUCAUCCCAUCUUCUGUAAUUGGGGUGAUUGUGUUUCUCUAUGGAUGUGCAACGAUUGAAGAAGAUAUCCCCAGCAAAGAGAUGUGUGACCAGCAGAAUGCCUUCACCAUGUGUCCACUGUGCGAUAAGUCCUGUGAUUACUGGAACCUCAGCUCAGCCUGCGGGACAGCGCGGGCCAGCCACCUGUUUGACAACCCUGCAACGGUGUUCUUUUCCAUCUUCAUGGCUCUGUGGGCUACCAUGUUUCUUGAAAACUGGAAGAGAUUACAGAUGCGACUGGGUUACUUCUGGGACCUGACGGGUAUAGAAGAGGAAGAAGAACGUGCCCAGGAACAUUCCCGGCCUGAAUAUGAAACCAAAGUUCGAGAGAAAUUGCUGAAAGAGAGUGACAAGUCAGUUGUCCAGAAAUUGGGAGCCAGCACUGAAGAAUGGGGGGAUGAUGACGAUGAAGAUAAGCUGAGCUGGAAAGAUCGUUGCCCGGGUUACUUGAUGAACUUUGCCUCCAUCUUGUUCAUGAUCGCCCUGACGUUCUCCAUCGUCUUUGGCGUCAUCGUGUAUCGGAUCACCACGAAAGCCGCGCUGUCUCUCAACAAGGCCACACGCUCCAAUGUCCGGGUGACGGUGACGGCAACAGCGGUCAUCAUCAACCUCGUGGUCAUCCUCAUCCUGGACGAGAUCUAUGGUGCUGUGGCCAAGUGGCUCACCAAAAUCGAGGUUCCAAAAACAGAACAGACUUUUGAAGAACGCCUGAUACUCAAAGCUUUCUUGCUAAAGUUUGUCAAUGCCUACUCCCCCAUCUUCUACGUGGCCUUUUUCAAGGGGAGGUUUGUGGGCAGGCCUGGCAGCUAUGUUUAUGUGUUCGAUGGGUACCGUAUGGAAGAGUGUGCUCCUGGGGGCUGCCUGAUGGAGCUCUGUAUCCAGCUCAGCAUCAUCAUGUUGGGGAAGCAGCUGAUCCAGAACAACAUCUUUGAGAUCGGAGUCCCGAAGCUCAAGAAACUAUUUAGGAAGCUGAAAGAUGAGACAGAACCUGGAGAAACUGACUCUGCACACUCAAAGCACCCUGAGCAGUGGGACCUAGACCACAGCUUGGAACCGUACACUGGAUUGACCCCAGAGUACAUGGAAAUGAUCAUCCAGUUCGGCUUUGUCACCCUGUUCGUGGCCUCUUUUCCUCUGGCCCCUGUCUUCGCCCUUCUCAAUAAUGUCAUCGAGGUGCGGCUAGAUGCAAAGAAGUUUGUGACUGAGCUGAGACGGCCGGAUGCCGUGAGGACCAAAGACAUCGGGAUUUGGUUUGACAUUCUCUCCGGAAUCGGCAAGUUCUCUGUUAUCAUCAAUGCCUUUGUCAUUGCCGUCACCUCUGACUUCAUCCCGCGUCUGGUAUACCAGUACUCCUACAGUAACAACGGGACACUGCAUGGCUUUGUCAACCACACCCUCUCCUUUUUCAACGUCAGCCAGCUGAAGGAGGGAACGCAGCCUGAAAGCUCACAGUUUGACCAGGAGGUUCAGUUCUGCAGGUUUAAGGAUUACCGAGAGCCACCAUGGGCUCCGAACCCCUACGAGUUUUCCAAGCAGUACUGGUCCGUUCUGUCAGCCCGCCUGGCUUUUGUCAUCAUCUUCCAGAACCUUGUGAUGUUCCUGAGUGUCCUCGUGGACUGGAUGAUCCCAGAUAUCCCCACGGACAUCAGCGACCAGAUCAAGAAAGAGAAGAGCUUGUUGGUGGACUUCUUCCUGAAGGAGGAGCAUGAGAAGCUCAAACUGAUGGAUGAGCCAGCCCAGAGGAGCCAGGGAGGGGGACAGGAGAGCAGGAGGAGCCGGGUGGCCAGCCCAGCAGCCUCAGGCAGGAGCCAGCGGGGCAGCGUGGCCUCUGCCGGUUCUCAGCACACCAACGUGUGACCGGCCGCCCCCUGCGCAGGGCUGUGGUGGCAGCGGGAGCAUGCGCACUGUGCAGCCCUCUGCGCGGGGAUGGAACAGGUGAUGCUGCUUUUCAGAAACUUCAAGCUUAAGUUUCUUUUAGGUCCUUCUAAGCCGCAUCCUGUGGAGGAUUGGUUCCCAUUUGAGUCAAUGGAGGAAUCGGGUCCCUCUACCCAGGAUUCCCAGACACCAUGAGCCUCCCCUGUGUUCCUUCCGGCAUGCUCCCAUUCCACACGCCCGCAGGCUGGGAAUGAAGCUCAGGCCCCUGUCUUACCAUGCCAUAAGCGCCCUCUGCCCCUUUUCCACCAGCCCCCGAAGGAAACCCUCUGAGUCACUUGCAGCUGGGGCUGUAGCAGCUUCAGUGGAUGCAAAUUAAGUUAGAGGACUGAUUGCCGGGGCCAUGGGACCUGACGAUGAGCAGCAAAGGUCCAAACUUGGGCUUGUCCCAGUUCAUGUGACAGGGAUGCUUUGAGCUAAAUGCAGUUAACCAUCACUUACUUUAUGCAGGUUGAGAUUUAAAAUAAUAAA